AUGGAGAAGACACCCCCGAACAAUGAGAGCCAGCCUCUCACAUCGAAAAAAGGGGACUGUAAAGAAGGAGACGAUUGUGCGGAGAACGGACAUCUCCUCAAGAGCACCAAACCUACCCUGCGCCUGGCAGAGGACAUGCACAAAGCACAGCCCAACCAGGGGGACAAAGGGGCAACGAGCCACAUCUCCAAUGGGUAUUCGUUGGCUCAGAGCCCAAGCCCAGGAGACGGGGUGGAGGCCUCAGCUGGAGUCCCUUGCGCUGCUAUAAUGUCCACCACCACCGCCUCCCCCACCUGCAGGGUAGAAGUUCGGCAACACCCGAGGGAGCUGGACGAGAGAGAGACCUGGAGCAAGAAAAUGGACUUUCUCCUCUCCGUUAUUGGCUAUGCAGUAGAUCUGGGCAAUGUCUGGCGAUUCCCUUACAUUUGCUAUCAAAAUGGAGGAGGGGCCUUCCUCAUCCCAUACACACUCAUGGCGAUCUUCGGGGGGAUCCCUCUCUUCUACAUGGAACUGGCCCUGGGGCAGUAUCACCGCAAUGGAUGCAUCUCAGUGUGGAGGAAAAUUUGCCCCAUUUUUAAAGGAAUUGGCUAUGCCAUCUGCAUCAUAGCUUUCUACAUCGCCUCCUAUUACAACACUAUCAUGGCUUGGGCUUUGUACUACCUCAUUUCCUCCUUCAAGGAGGAGCUGCCCUGGACCAGCUGCACCAACCCGUGGAACACGGAGAGCUGCACCAACUACUUCUCCAACGAGACCAUUGCCUGGACCCAGAACUCCACCUCCCCUGCGGAAGAAUUUUACACCCGCCAUAUCCUGCAGAUACACAGAGCCAAUGGCUUGGAUGACUUGGGAGGGAUCAGCUGGCAGCUCACCCUCUGCUUGCUGCUCAUCUUCACCGUUGUGUACUUCAGCAUCUGGAAAGGGGUGAAAACCUCUGGCAAGGUUGUGUGGGUGACUGCCACAUUUCCGUACGCCGUACUCUUUAUCCUGUUAAUACGGGGCGCGACUCUGCCUGGUGCAUGGAGAGGGGUGCUCUACUAUCUAAAGCCCCAGUGGCAUAAACUUCUGGACACCGAGGUGUGGGUGGACGCAGCGGCUCAAAUUUUCUUCUCUCUCGGACCAGGAUUUGGGGUUCUCCUUGCCUUUGCGAGCUACAACAAGUUUCAUAACAACUGCUACCAGGAUGCUUUGGUCACCAGUGCUGUGAACUGCAUGACAAGUUUCAUGUCUGGAUUUGUCAUCUUCACCGUGCUUGGAUACAUGGCCGAGAUGAGGCACGAAGAGGUCUCGGAGGUUGCCAAAGAUGCCGGACCCAGCCUCCUCUUCAUCACCUACGCAGAAGCCAUUGCCAACAUGCCUGCCUCUACUUUCUUUGCCAUUAUAUUCUUCCUGAUGUUGAUCACGCUUGGCUUGGACAGCACGUUUGCAGGCCUCGAAGGAGUGAUCACUGCCGUCCUGGAUGAAUUCCCACACGUCUGGGGCAAGCGCCGGGAGCUGUUUGUGCUCUGUUUCAUUGUGGUCUGCUUCAUGGGAGCAUUGUCAACACUGACUUUUGGUGGCGCUUAUGUCGUGAAGCUCUUUGAAGAAUAUGCCACAGGCCCAGCCCUCCUAGCUGUGGUGUUUCUGGAGUCCAUUGCGGUGGCUUGGUUCUACGGUGUUGCCCAGUUCUGCAGUGAUGUGAAAGAGAUGAUUGGCUUUAGCCCUGGUUGGUACUGGAGAGUCUGCUGGGUCGCCAUCAGCCCCCUCUUCCUCCUGUUCAUCAUCAUCAGCUUCAUGUCCAGCCCAAUGGAGCUCCGGCUUUUUGACUACACGUACCCCUACUGGACCAGGGUGAUGGGUUACGGCAUCGGGGCCUCGUCUUUCAUCUGUGUUCCUGCCUACAUGGUUUAUCGGCUGGCAGCCACCCCGGGAACACUUAAAGAGCGUAUCCUAAAAAGCAUUACUCCGGAAACCGCCACAGAGAUCCCCCUCGGGGACAUCCGCAUGAAUGCAGUUUAAGCAGCCGUUAUCAUUUUGGUGGAUGCAGGGGAGGCAAGUGGGGGGGGCAAGCACUCACUAGGUCCUGUUGCUCUGAGCUCUUCUUUUCUCACGAACUGACUCUCCACCCAGAAGAGGAGCACACUGACCGGGUUAGACCUCCAAGCAUUCCCAACAAAGAAGCAUUGGCUGCGCUCCUCAGUCCCCACUAGUGCUCCGGUUUGUUUUGAGAAUGCAUCCGUGUGAACGAACAUCAGCGCCUCCCAAAGUGGGCACGGGGCCGCCUGACUGCAUGCCUCCACCCAACAACUGUUGCGGAUUAGGAGUAUGUUUAGAGCCACACACCUGUGCCAGCACCCCUGUCCUCUCCACUCUCGGUGUGACCCUCUGUGAUGGACCCUGUUGUCUUUGCUUCUAAAGAUCUCAGUAUUGUCGACCUCCAGCCCCCCUCCAAAAAAAAAAAAAAAAUCCAGGAAAAACCAACA